AGAGGAGGGGACAUGGGCGGGGCCGAGGCGCCUCUCAUUCCCCCUCCAUGCUUAGCGGGGCAGCAGGGCUGGAGAGACCUCCGGGGAGCACAGUCGCCAGUCCAGCACGGAGACUCGCCGCCCGGCCACGGAACCGCUCCUCACACUUGCCAGGAUUGCCAAACAUUCCUGAGAAAUAUACCUGCUCUUUAUGGCAUGUGGCUUGUAACUUUACUCCUGCUGUACUCUCUCCAAGAAGUACACAGUGAGGAUGUGGGCUCUACCAGGCUGUACUUUGUGAACGCCUCCCUGCAGAGGGUAACCUACUCCAGCUCGGUGGGGGUGUCCCUGCCCUGUCCAGCAGGGGGCACCCCCAGUGCCAUACUGCGCUGGUACCUGGCCACCGGCGAUGACAUCUACGACGUGCCGCACAUCCGCCACGUGCACGCCAACGGCACCCUGCAACUGUACCCCUUCUCUCCCUCGGCAUACAACAGCUACAUCCACGACAAUGACUACUUCUGCACUGCCGAAAACCAGGCCGGCAAGAUCCGGAGCCCCAACAUACGAAUCAAAGCUGUUUUCAGGGAGCCCUACACCGUGCGAGUGGCGGACCAGCGUUCGAUGCGGGGCAACGUAGCCGUGUUUAAGUGCCUCAUCCCUGUUGCCGUGCAGGAGUAUGUCAGCGUCGUGUCUUGGGAGAGAGACACCGUGUCCAUCGUCCCAGGUAACAGGUUCUCUCUCACCUCCUUCGGAGCUCUUUACAUCUCUGAUGUUCAGAAGGAGGACGCCCUCUCCACAUACCGGUGCAUCACCAAGCAUAAGUACAGCGGCGAGACGCGGCAAAGCAAUGGAGCCAGGCUCUCCGUAAUGGACCCCAACGAGUCCUCGCCCACCAUCCUGGACAGCUUCCAAGCAGGGGAGGUGCAGGCAGGCCAGAGCAUCGAGCUCCCCUGCACCGCAGGAGGUUACCCCAGCCCCACCGUACGCUGGCUGAAAGACGGCCGCCCCCUGCCCUCAGAUGCCCGCUGGACACGGCGUUUGACAGGGCUCACCAUCAGUGACCUGAGGCUGGAGGACAGUGGCAGCUAUGCCUGUGAGGUCACCAACAGUUUUGGCUCAAAGGAGGUGUCUGGACAGCUUCACGUUAUAGAUCCACUACGUGUGACCUUAUCGCCUAAGAAUCUGAAAACAGGCAUCAGCAGCACACUGUUUUUCACCUGCACUGUGGAGGGCUCUCCUGAAUACACCGUCAGCUGGUACAGGAACACAGAGCCCAUUGUCCCUGACCAGCACAUCUCCAUCCAGGGGCAACACAACGACACGCUGCAGAUCACCGCGGCACAGAAGUUCCACUCCGGGGCCUACCAGUGCUUCGCCUCCCGAAAGGGCCACACCGCUCAGGACUUUUCCAUUAUUCUGCUAGAGGAUGGUACUCCUCGUAUCGUGUCUUCCUUCAGCGAGCGGGUGGUGAACCCCGGCGAGCCUUUCUCCCUCAUGUGCGGGGCCAAAGGAGCCCCGCCCCCCUCGAUCACCUGGACGCUGGACGACGAGCCUGUGGUUCGGGACUCCACCUACAAGACCAGCCAGUACACCCUGUCGGACGGCUUGACCGUGUCGCACGUCAACGUCAGCAGCCCGCUCAUCCGGGAUGGGGGAGUGUACCGUUGCGUCGCACGCAACUCGGCCGGUAGCGCCGAGUACCAAGCGCGCAUAAACGUAAGAGGUCCACCUCGAAUCAGACCCAUGCGGGACAUCACCGCAGUGGCGGGCAGGAACACCUACAUAACGUGCCGCGUGAUUGGCUACCCGUAUUAUUCCAUCAAGUGGCUGAAGGACGGCAUGCAGCUGCCCGAUAAUCACCGUCAAGUGGUGUUCGAGAACGGCACCCUGAGGCUGACGGACGUGCAGAAGGGCGCCGACGAGGGCACCUAUCUGUGCAGCGUCCUGAUCCAGCCCCAGGUGUCGAUCAACCAGACCGUCCACGUAACUGUCAAAGUGCCGCCGCUCAUCCAGCCCUUUGAUAUCCCCUCUACCUCAGUGGGGAAGCUCAUGUACAUCGCCUGCGUGGUGUCAUCUGGGGACAUGCCCAUACGCAUCACCUGGCACAAAGAUGGCCAGCUCAUCAUACCGGGCUCCGCCUCUGGCGUCGGAAUCGAGACCAAAGAGUUCAUGAGCUCCCUCCAAAUCUCCAAGGUGACACUGAAGCACAACGGAAAUUACACCUGCAUCGCCAGCAACGCCGCCGCCACCGUCAGCUGGGAGAGGCAGCUGAUCGUUACCGUGCCACCGCGGUUUACGGUGCAGCCCAACAACCAGGACUGCAUCUAUGGCAAAGCUGGAGUUCUCAACUGCUCCGUGGAAGGUUAUCCGCCGCCGAAAGUCAUGUGGAAACACGCCAAAGGUGUGGGAAACCCCCAGCAGUACCACCCAGUCCCUCUAACCGGCCGAAUCCAGAUCAUGUCGAACGGCUCUCUGCUCAUCCGACAUGUUCUCGAGGAUGACCGGGGGUACUACCUCUGUCAGGCCUCCAAUGGAGUGGGCUCAGACAUCAGUAAGAGCAUGAUCCUCACUGUCAAGAUUCCUGCCAUGAUCACCAGCCACCCCAACACCACCAUGGCAAGGAAAGGCCAGACCAAGGAGCUGAACUGCACAGCGCGGGGCGAGCAGCCCAUCAUCAUCCGCUGGGAGAGGGGGGACACCGUCAUCGACGCAGAGAGGAACCCGCGUUACUCCAUCAUCAUCAACAAGAAAGGGGACGAAGUCAUCUCCACCCUAAAGCUGAACCCAGCCGAACGAGGAGAUUCUGUCUUCUUCUCCUGCCACGCCAUCAACUCCUAUGGAGAGGGUCGAGGACUUAUCCAGCUCACUGUGCAAGAACCACCAGAUCCCCCGGAGCUGGAAGUGAGGGAAGUGAAGGACAGGAGCAUGAACCUGCGCUGGAUCCAACGGUUUGACGGAAACAGCAUCAUCACCAGCUAUGACAUCGAGUACAAGAACAAGUCAGACACCUGGGAUCACAUGUACACAACCAGGAACAUCUCACCCACCAACAACCAGGCCAACAUCGUAGAGCUGCACCCGGCCUGCGUCUACAGCAUCCGCAUGUACUCCUACAACAAGAUCGGCCGCAGCCUUCCCAGCAAAGAGCUCACGAUCAGUACUGAAGAAGCACCACCAGACGGGCCACCAAUGGAUGUAAUCCUGACACCGAUGACAUCCCAGAGCAUACGGGUCACAUGGAGGGCCCCAAAAAAGGAGCUGCAGAACGGGGUGAUCCGAGGCUACCAAAUCGGUUACAGGGAGAACGGUCCUGGCAGCAACGGACAGUACAGCAUAGUGGAGAUGAAAGCCACAGGGGACAGUGAAGUGUACACCUUGGACCUCCUAAAGAAGUUUGCCCAGUACGGGGUAGUGGUCCAGGCCUUCAACAGAGCUGGGACGGGCCCAUCCAGUACUGAGAUCAACGCGACCACGCUGGAAGACGUGCCCAGCGAGCCCCCGCAGAACGUGCGGGCCAUCUCGGUGACGUCGGACGAGGCGGUGAUCACGUGGGCCGAGCCUCCACGGCUGACGCUGCACGGUGUGCUGAAAGGCUACCGUGUGGUGUUCUGGUCCCUCUUCCCUGACGGAGGUGGGUGCUGUGGGGGCCCGGCCCAGUGGCCAAUGCAGAAAUGGGGCGAGAUGCAGAACAUCACCACCACCCGUGAGCAGGUGGAGCUGCGCGGGUUGGAGAAGUUCACCAACUACAGUGUUCAGGUGCUGGCCUACACGCAAGCCGGAGACGGGGUCCGUAGCAACGUGCUGUAUAUCCAAACCCGCGAGGACCUUCCUGGACCGCCGGCUGGAAUUAAGGCAGUUCCCUCGUCUCCAAGUAGCGUGGUUGUGUCCUGGUUACCCCCCCUCAAACCAAAUGGUGUGAUCCGCAAGUACACCAUCUACUGCUCCAGUCCAGGUUCCGGACAGCCAGCGCCCAGCGAGUACGAGGCCAACCCCGAGAUGCUCUUCUACCGAAUCACGCACCUCAGCCGCGGCAAACAAUACCACAUCUGGUCUGCAGCCGUGACAACCGCCGGCCGUGGGAACAUCAGCUCAAAGGUCACAGUGGAGCCUGCUGGGAAAGUCCCGGCUAAGAUCCUGUCCUUCGGCGGCACGGUGACCACACCCUGGAUGAAGGAAGUCCGUCUGCCCUGCAGCUCGGUGGGAGAGCCCGCCCCCACGAUCAAAUGGACCAAAGACAGUGAGGACUCUGCCAUUCCAGUGACAGCCGACAGCCAGCGGCAGAUCUUAUCCAAUGGCACGCUGGUGAUGCGUUCAGUCAAAGCAGAGGACUCUGGGUACUACACCUGCACGGCCACUAACACGCUGGGCUUUGACACCAUCAUAGUCAAUCUUGUGGUGCAAGAUAAGGGUCGCAACAGCAUGGUGUCGACUGAGAGCGCCUCCUCCACCUACGAGGAGCUGGCGAGGGCCUACGAGCACGCCAAGCUGGAGGAGCACCUGCAGCAUGCCAAGUUCACCAUCACAGAGUGCUUCAUCUCCGACAGCUCCUCUGACCAAAUGACCACAGGAACCAACGACCCAGCGGACAGCAUGACCUCCCUCAGCACGCCGUCUGAACCCGGCAUCUGCCGCUUCACCGCCUCGCCGCCCAAACCGCAGGACUACGACCGUGGUAAAAAUGUGGCUGUGCCCAUUCCCCACCGCGCCAACAAAAGUGAAUUCUGCAACCUACCCCUCUACAUGAAGACAGACCCAUUCUUCCGCAAACAAGGGGAGCUCCACGACCCAUGCCCGGUUGUGCCGCCGCGGGAAGCCUCGAUCCGCAGCCUGACGCAGCGGGCGUAUCACACCCAGGGCCGUCACAAAACUCUGGACCCUACCAAGCAGCCGUCCCUGACGCUGGGCCACUCUGGGCUGAGCAGCUUGGGUUCGAGCUUGGGCACCGCCACCUUGCCCCAAAGGACUCUCACCAUGCCCAGCUCCAACACCGCAGCAACAGCUUCCACUUCCAGCACAGGCAGCAACCCCACCAACUGUAACAAGGUGGGGGGCUCCAGAGACUCGCUGCUUGAGAGCAGCUCCUCUGCACUGGGGAGACUGCAGAAACAGAGUGCGGGGGCCUACUCCAAGUCGUACACACUGGUGUAG